GAUAUUUGGUUUAGCCCCAUAACCGUUCCUCCAAGCACUGCUUUCAAUGUAACACGCAGGUUUGGGCCAUGUGACCUUUGAGGAUAUCGCUGUGUACUUCUCCCAGGAGGAGUGGGGGCUCCUUGAUGACGCUCAGAAACAUCUGUAUCAUGAUGUGAUGCUGGAGAACUGUACACUCGUGGCCUCAGUGGGUUGUUGGCACAGAGUAGAGAAAACGGCCCAUUCUGAGCAGAUUCUUUCCAUAGGAAUGUCACAGGCCAGGACUCCAGCACCAAGUCCUUCUAUUUCCAAUGCUCAUCCCUGUCAGAUGUGUAUCCAGUUCACAAAAGACUCUUUGCACCUGACUGGACACCAGGAGAUACUUCUGGGCCAGAAACCAUACAUAUGUGUGACAUGUGGAAAACACUUCUCAUUAAGUUUGAAACUAAAAGAGAACCAGAAGCAACACAGUGGAGAGAAACACAUCAUAAGGGGAGAGAACGGAGCCUUGCUCAGCUGCAGAGUCCCUGUGUCAGACAGCUUUUUUAUAUGCAAAGAUGUAGAGAAGGACUUCCCAGGCAGUCUAGACCUUCUGCAGCAUCAGACUGCCCUUGGCAGAGAAUGUUCACUGAGAAGCCGAGAGACCUUUCAUGUUCAGCCAAGACAGUACAAACAUAGCAGAUUCAAGCAAAUUUUCAAUGAGAGGGUUCACACCAUUGAACAUCACAGAGUUCACACUGGAGAAAAAGAUAAUGAACAUAGUGAAUGUGGAAAAUCUCUGCGCUCCAAAUACUUACUUGUAGAGCAACAGAGAACACAUAAUGGAGAAAAGCCUUAUGUGUGCAACACAUGUGGGAAAUCAUUUCGCCACAAACAAACCCUCAUUGGGCAUCAGCAGAGAAUCCACACUGGAGAAAGGUCUUAUGUGUGUGUUGAAUGUGGGAAAUCCCUGAGCUCCAAAUACUCUCUUGUUGAGCAUCAGAGAACCCAUAAUGGAGAAAAGCCUUAUGUGUGCAACACAUGUGGAAAAUCAUUCCGUCACAAACAAACAUUUGUUGGGCACCAGCAGAGAAUCCAUGCUGGAAAAAGACCUUAUGUGUGCACUGAGUGUGGGAAAUCUUUCAUUCAGUCUUCUGACCACAUUCGACAUCAGAGAAUUCAUAGUGGAGAAAGGGCUUAUGCAUGUAGUGAAUGUGGGAAAUCCUUCAUCUACAAACAGUCACUUCUUGAUCAUCAGAGAAUCCACACUGGAGAAAGGCCCUAUGAAUGCAAUGAAUGUGGAAAGGCCUUUAUCCACAAGAAAAGACUUCUUGAGCAUCAGAGAGUCCACACUGGAGAAAAGCCUUAUGUGUGCAUUAAAUGUGGGAAGUCCUUUAUUCGGUCUUCUGACUACAUUCGGCAUCAGAGAAUUCACACAGGAGAACGGGCUUAUGAGUGCAAUGAGUGUGGGAAAGCCUUCAUCUGUAAACAAACUCUUCUAAAGCAUCAUAGAAUCCACACUAGAGAAAAACCUUACCAAUGCAGAGAAUGUGGGAAAGGCUUCUACAUUGAGGAUAAACUUCUUCAGCACCAGAGAAUUCACACCAGAGAACAAACAUACAGCUGCAGUGAGUGUGGGAGAGGCUUCAGCCACAAAAAAAGACUUUUUGAGCACCAGAGGACCCACACUGGAGAAAAGCCAUGUGAGUGCAGUGAAUGUGGGAAAUGCUUUCGACAUCGCACCAGCCUCAUUCAGCAUCAGAAAGCGCACAGCGGAGAGAGGCCUUUCAUCUGUACUGCUUGUGGGAAGUCCUUCCUUUACAAAAACAAACUCAUCGAGCACCAGAGGAUCCACACAGGAGAAAAACCCUAUGAGUGCAGUGAAUGUGGGAAAGCCUUCAACAAGAGAUAUUCCCUUGUCAGGCACCAAAACAUUCAUGCAAGAGGAAGGCCCUAGCCUUUCAUGGAACAGACCUUUCAUCUGAUCUGCCACACAAAAGUUGAACCUCAUGCCUCUGAAGAUCAACAAUUGGAAGAUUCGCUACAGGACCCAAGUGCUUGGGAAGCUUCGUGACCUAACUUGCACUUUGUAACCCACCUAGUACUGAAGCAGACACUGCAUUGUGGCAUAUCCUAGUGCCCCAUCAGUCACUCUGAUGCACUUGUGGGGGCUGGGGGCGUAUACAGACCUGUGUGUGCUCACCAUACCCUGAAGGGAGCCUUGGUGAAUGUGAGCCUGACAGGGUCCUCUUCUAUCCUGCUGAACUGUUCAUGGCAUAGAGAAGACCCUGCAGAGCAGUCUGGGUUCUGGUGGUCUGCAGAGGUUUACCUUUUGUAUGCAUAUUAUUUUUUCUGUGUGGUUGCCAUUGUGGAAUUUUUCCUGUUCCACAUCACCCAAGAGGGAAGUGGCUUGUAUCACCAAGUGCUGAUAUAUGCACUGAUAAACACCCUAUUGUUAUUACCUAAGCCAUCUUUAAUCUGGGAGGUUGUGCGUAUUGUGUGGUGUGGGUCUGGAACUGAAUUGUGUCCUUUUGCCAUGAAUGGUGAACAGUCUGUGGGCCCCAGCUUUCCGUGCUCCAAGGGCACAGUAUGUUUGUAGAAGUAGUCUUCAUUGUCAUUGCUUCCCAGGGCCUUCUAGAAAACACGGCAGAGCUGUGUGGUCCUAGUUAUAUGGUUUGGGUGUCAAAUGUGUUUGUAGGUCUAACAGUCUUACUAAGAAGAAGCAUUUAUGACAGACUCCAGUGCUGUGAUACUUCUGGAUUGUUCCUUUGUUCUUAGUGAUGCUCCAUAUUUUCUAAUACUCUUUCAGUGUAGCUGUGUCCCCUGAAGGGCAGAAUCAGGUAGGUGUUAUUGGCUGGAUGAGCCAGGUAAGAAUAAUUGGUCCAGAGAUGUAGUGCAAUAAGUAGGGGUUGGAGAAGAUCACAGCAAGUACAAAGAACAUGUCUCACCGUGGGUCAUCCAAACAUGUCCAUGUUUCUAUCAUGGCAUUGUUUGGGGAUGCAUAGGAAUUCUUAGGUUCUCUGGACCUUUCCUUCUACUGUGGCCAGUCUUUUAUCAGGAUAUAUGACCUAUAUGGACCGCAGUCACUGCUGGACUGAUUUUGAGUUGACUCCUGCACAGGCAGAAAAGCAAGGCUUGAAGGAAAACAGACCUGGGGUCAAGGUGUUGGCUUUGUGGCUCAUCUAGGUAUCCAGGUGUCUCAGAAUCAUCUUCAUUGCUUUCCAUCUGCUGCCACUGGUGGGAAUCUCUUGUACUUAAGAGAUGAGUCCCUAACCAUGUACAUACAUCUAUGACACCACAUAGUGUGGAUUACCAGAAGGGCAUAGAUACAAAUUUUGGGGUAUAAAAACUACUGGGGAUUCAACCCAGGGAUGCUUAACCACUGAGCCACAACCCCAGACCCUGCCUCUUUUUAUAUUUUAGAGACAGGUCUUGCUGAGUUGCUUGGGGCUUUCCUAAAUUGCUGCAGCUGGCUUUGAACUUGUGAUCUUCCUGCCUCAGCCUUCCAAGCUGCUGGGAUUACAGACACGUGCCACUGUGCCCGGCUAUUCCUAUAGUCUUGAUAAAAGUGUUGUUAUAAACAUAAGCCUGUGUCUUCUCCCAGUCUGUCUUUCCAUUCACUUUAUUUCACUUGGUUUUCCAAAAAACAAAAGUUCUUUAUUAUGAAA